AUGAGACCAGGGAAUAAUUCCGGCUCAUACGAACUGAAAGUUCCGUGCGCCUUCGAGUCGUCCUCGGACUUGGCACCCGUGACCACCAUUUUGCCCGACGCAAAAAUAAGUGCUGUUGUCUUGGGUUCUCUAAUACGCAUAAUCACGGCAGCAAAACGCUUUGGGUUGUACUCUGCAUUACGUGCAUGCAGCGCGAUAGUCUUCAGUUCUAAGCGACAGUCCAGAUUCACUGUGGCAACGAUGUUCUGUAACGUAGGCACUAUUCCAGAGGCUGCUGCAUCGUCGGCGAUCUGGUCCUCCAUGUCUAAAACCUUUUCUUCCGGCUCUUUCUUAAGAAUGUCAUAUUUAUCUGUGUCAUGUUGUUCAUCUUUGACCAUGUCUGUUGGUACCAUUGGGAAGGCUAAUGAGCCUUGUGCGGUGAAGGCCUUGGCCCUGGCUGCUGUGGUUGGGAGCUUCAAUGAAUCCAUUUUUACAACUGUGAUUUAUCUAUAUUACAACUCAUCCAGCUAUAAAUCAAUUGCUCCGGGGAAAAGAUGCUCAAUCAAAUGA